GCUUCGCGUGCGUGUAUCGGCUCCAAUCCUACGACAGGCGACUUCAAUCUGUCGAACAAGUCAGGACUGCGGCCGCUUCAUUCUCGUCAACUACACAUCGCCGUCCUUCCUCUUUCCCUCCAAAGCCGGUGAUACGUCGUUGCCGUCAACAUGGAAGUGCUACUUGGCCUCACCGGCCGUGAUUUCACCAUCAUCGCAGCCUCCAAAGCAGCCAUGCGUGGCGCAACGAUACUGAAAUCGUCAGAUGACAAGACGAGACAACUCAAUAAGAAUACGCUGCUCGCAUUUUCCGGCGAAGCAGGUGACACAAUCCAAUUCGCCGAGUUCAUCCAAGCAAACAUCGCCCUCUACACCAUGCGAAAUGAGACGGAUUUGGGACCCAGCGCGGUCGCCAGCUUCAUCCGCAGCGAGUUGGCGAGGAGUCUACGGAGCAGGAAGCCAUACAAUGUGAACUUGCUGCUCGGCGGCAUGGAUCCCAUCACCAAACAACCCAGCUUGUACUGGUUGGAUUAUCUUGCCAGUAGUGCAAAGGUGCCCUAUGCCGCUCAUGGCUAUGCUCAAUACUACUGCCUUUCCAUUCUUGAUAAACACCAUCAUCCGGACAUCUCAUUUGAGCAAGGCAUGAAAAUCCUCCGCAUGUGCACUGAUGAGCUUCAACGAAGAUUGCCGAUUGAUUUCAAGGGGAUGACGGUUAAAGUCAUAAAGAAGGACGGCAUAGUGGACUUAGAGUAUGACACGAGCAAACAAGUUCUCGCGGCCUAGAUAUACUUGGGACAUUGAAGAGAAAAUUGUCAACACCGGACACAUGCAUAGCGCGGCGCAAUGGAAGUACGAUAUCAAUGGGGUAUCAAUUCAAGUGACGUUCAUCUAACAAUUUGCAUCAAUCCGAGUCCCUUGUCUACUCAGCCACUUGUCAUAACAUUCGUCUUGUUCCCUCCAAAUGGAUGAAGCAAUUUCCCGAAAACGUUGCGAUGGGCCCCAUCGAGGGGUUCGUCCUCGCUUCAAGCCGAUUAUCCUAGUAAAGCCGUUCCGCGCCUUGAUUGUCCGAAUCCUGCGCGGCUGUGGGAGGGCGGAUCAUGUCUGACCAGUUCGCCAGAGCUUCUGUACUCCAGGAUACCUUCCUCCCACAGAUCAUGUGGCUCUCUUCGCUGUCUCGCCUGAAUGUGAUCGGCCUGCACCCCUCGGCGCCGUCCAGGCGGUAGCGGGUAAUUCUGGUAGUUGCGUCUAAAACGUUGCCCUUGCAGACGCUGUCGUCGCAAUGUUGAGGGUUGAGGAGGUCGGAUAUCUGAGUCUUCGGAGUCGUGUUCUGCACCGUCGAGAUUAUCAAGCGAUCCAGCGGCGGACGUCGCAUUUCCUGCAUUUCUGCCAUCAUCGUUAUCAUCGUCUGUGGUGCCUGUUGCUUCCCGGCUUGUUCUUUCGUCUUCACUACUCUCCUCCGAAAUUUCCUCCUCCGAGUCAUCGCUUAGGACAACGCGUCUCGGCCGCGUUCUGGUCGGGACGUAAUUGUGGUCGACUUCGGAGGCAUCCGUUUCUUCGUCAUAAUUGGUAUUUGCAUCUGAUGUCUCUCCUUGAGCUGUAGUGUGCGAAUCAUUUCUACUAUUUGCAGGAUAAAGUAU